GGCCACGUCAGCACGCGGAAGUGUUCUCCUGCUGCAGGUUGUUGGUCGCCUCCAAAUAUUGACAGAACAGGACAGAGAAACGGUAAGAGAGUAAAAAUUAAUGCGUUAUUGUUUUCUUAUAAACUCAGUUUAAGUGUGUCUGAAGUGUGUUUUAACGUUUCCGCCGAAAUCAUCAGUUUGUUCAUCGCUUUAAUGAAACUGUGUGUCUUUAUGGAGAUGAUCAGAUGAUAUGAAUGAGUUUAUCAGACUGAUAAGUUUAACCUUUGAGACCUGACAUAAACAUAUGGUUAAGGUGUGAUUCUCCUGUAUGUUCAACAUCAUAAAGUUGGUUUGUUACUUUAAAGAAUCGAGUCUGAGAAGAUUAAAAUGAGCUUAAAAAGACCUUCAUCAGUGAUGUAGGGCUGGGCUGGAGAGUUUUACAACUUACCCCAAACAUACACGGGGUAAGUUGACCAUAGGAGACCACUUUUCUUUGCCUUGCUAUAUUAUCAAGACAGUUCUGUUUACUCUCAUUCUGUUGGUUUGCAGAGAUUAACAACAUCCUGAAAUAUAUGCAGAUACACGAGUUAGAGACUAAACUAGGAUUGAAAAAUGGAUCAUCUUACCCCACUCUCCCCUACUCCAAAGUUUUCACUAUUUAAUGUUUUUUUGUUUUAAAUCUUCUUUUAUUUUCUGACAGGAUCACAGCGAUGUCCCAGUUUGAGGAAGUGUCAAAGCAGUCCAGUCUGCACCCAAAACCUCCGGGAUUAGUCCUGCAGUAUGGCACCGCAGGUUUUAGGACCAACGCCAAACAUCUGGACCACAUCAUGUUCAGGAUGGGCCUCCUGGCGACUCUACGGUCCAAAAAGACUCAAGCCACCAUCGGGGUCAUGGUCACAGCCUCGCACAACCCAGAGGUCAGAGGGGUCACUCAUAUUAUCUGCUCUAUUAUCUUUGAUUUUUUAAAUAUUUGUUCAGUUUCUCUUUCAUUACGUCAUGUAUGUUUCCUUUAUUUGUGAAGGAGGACAAUGGCGUGAAGCUGAUUGAUCCCAUGGGGGAAAUGGUGACUCCGACGUGGGAAGGAUACGCCACUCAGCUGGCCAACGCCGAACAGGGAGACUUGAUUAGCGCCCUGAAAGACGUCAUAGACGUGGAGAAGAUAAACAUGAGCCAGGCGGCGAACGUGUUUGUGGGAAAAGACACCAGGUAUGUUGUUGGAUUUUACUGGGAAAUAAACCUGAAUUUAAAAGUUAUCAAAAAAGUGUUUUUGGUACAACAGUUGGACUGAGAAAAUGAGCCCAGCAGAGUCAGACACCUCAGCGUUUAGGUUUUGCAUCAGUCAAAGGAACCAGAUUCAACUAUUAAAAUCUAUUAAAACUGUCGUGUUUUGGAAGACUUUGACUUUGGAGUCGCUGCGAAUGAUUUUUAUUUGAUGUUUUAAAACUUUACAAAGUCCAAACAAACGUCUGUGUCCUCUCACUGUAGGAGCAGCAGCGUCAGCCUUGCACAGGCGGUGUUAGACGGAGUCUCUGCGCUCGGUGGUCACAGUAAAGGUAAAGUUUAACACACUUUAUGUUAAAUUCACAAGUCUACUUCCUUUUAUUCGUGUUUAUCCUUUCCUUCCUGCUCUUCAUCUGUUUCCUCAGAUUACGGUUUGGUGACCACUCCACAGCUCCACUACAUGGUCUGCUGUCAGAACACUCAGGGGAAAUACGGAGAAGCCACAGUGGAAGGAUACUACCACAAACUCAGCCGAGCUUUCAUCCAGCUCACAGGAAAUGUAAGAAAACCACCAGAGUUUCAUUCUUCACUGAAGUUCUGCAGGUUUUUAACGUGGGUAAUUUUGUCUCUCCAGGCGUCGAACUGCACAGACGACCAGAAGCUGCUCUCAGUGGACGGUGCGAACGGUAUCGGGGCUCUGAAGGUGCGAGAGAUGGAGCGCCACCUGAAGAAGGAGCUGCAUUUAUCCUUGUUCAACGACGGCAGUGAAGGGAAACUAAACCACCAGUGUGGAGCCGACUUCGUCAAAGUUCAGCAAAAACCUCCAACAGGUACGAAGAAGGACGCAGAUCGACACGUCUGAGCGUCUAGAUCGGUGUAUUUACUGUAUUUCUGUUCAGGCGUGAAGCUGAACGCAGGCGAGCGCUGCUGCUCCUUCGACGGCGACGCCGACAGAAUCGUUUACUACUACACCGACUCUGACGGGAAGUUUCACCUCCUGGACGGAGACAAAAUCGCCACCCUCAUCAGCACGUUCCUCAAAGAGCUGCUCACACAGGUAACACCUGCAACAUAAACACACUUCAGAGACACACAGAGACCUGAACUCUGAACUCUCAGUCAGCUGUUUGUUUCUGUUCACUCAGGCUCAUUUAGAUCUGAAGAUCGCCGUGGUGCAGACAGCUUACGCUAACGGGAGCUCGACGCACUACCUGGAAAACACGAUGAAGGUCAGAAAACAGAAGAGCCGUCCUCUGAUUUCUUAUUAUUCGUGUUAACAGCUGAGCGCUCACACAUGUCUGUGAUUUCAGGUCAUAGUGAGGUGCACCAAAACAGGAGUGAAGCAUCUUCAUCACGCAGCGCAGGAGUUUGAUAUCGGCGUUUACUUCGAGGCCAACGGUCAUGGAACCGUGAGUAGAUCGUUAAACACCGAGAUGAACCUUUAGUUGAGUUUGUUCUGAUUGAUUUUGUUUGAUUUGGAGUUGAAUGUUUGUGUUUGUGUUUGUAGGUUUUGUUCAGUCGAGAAGCAGAGGAGAAGAUCCAGCAGUUAGCCGAGAGCUCCACCACGGACGACGAGACGAAGAGAGCGGCUCGUCUGCUGCAGAACACCGUCAACGUCAUCAACCAGGUUAGACACGCCCUGUUCCAGGAUAUUCACCGUCUUCACGAUGAACUUCAGUCACAGAUCUGAUGAGUGUUUGUUUUUACCUCCUGAAGACUGUAGGGGACGCCAUUUCUGACAUGCUGCUGAUCGAAGCCAUUUUAGCCGUCAAGGGGAUGACGGUGCAGCAGUGGGACGCCAUCUACAGCGACCUGCCGAACAGGCAGCUCAAAGUCAAGGUGAAGUUCAUCACUUUAAAGUGUCGCCUUGUAGAUCUGAUUUAAAAAAUUAAUUUCGGGUUGAGGGCGUGGCUCUCUGUAUUACUAUCCUGCGGUCGUUACUAAAGUUGGUAAAACUAGAGAAGUAAGCGGUCGACAACAUUCAUCUCUGGAGGAGGUUGUCUAACUCGGUGUUACGGUGGAAUAUCCCUUUAAUCCUCUUCUGGUGUUUCAGUUCAAGAGUCUGUGUUUGAUUUUCUCCUGAAGGUGUCAGACCGCCGGGUGAUCGACACGACCGACGCAGAGAGACGAGCGGUGACCCCGGCGGGACUCCAGGACGCCAUCGACUCUCUGGUGAAGAAGCACCGACAGGCUCGCUCCUUCGUGAGACCGUCGGGCACCGAGGAUGUGGUGAGAGUUUACGCCGAGGCUGAAACACAGGUGAGCGUUUAUCUCCCUCUCCUCUCCUCUGAGACGCUUUUCUGAAAACCUCUGAUUCAUCCAGGUGUUCGUGUUUGUGUUGCAGGAGAGCGCCGACGCUCUGGCACACGAGGUCAGCCUCGCCGUUUAUCGUCUAGCUGGAGGCGUGGGCGAAGAACCCAAACCUUCUCACUAAAGACGCAAAAUCAGGCAAAACUAACAAAUCAACAAGUCAGUAAAAUCCUCUUUUCAAUCACUUUGACACUAAAACUUGAUUCUAGUUUUUCUAUUUCUUUGUUAUAUUUCUUUCUCUCCUCCGAAACAAUGAAGGGAUUUUGUUCUACUUUGGUGAUUGUUUUCAAAACGGUUGUAAUGUUCCUUUAAAUGAUAAAUUAUUUUACGUUUACACCAUGAUUAAACCUGCUGUAAGUCUAGAGUUUGAAAUGUCGUCUACGAAUUCAUGUAACUUCUACCUAAACUGGAUCUUAUCGAGUUUAUAAAGACUGUUCAGCUUUGAUUCAAAACUCUAAAUUCACUGAAUCCUGAUCAAAGUGACUUUCCUCUGCUGCCAAAGUGUUUCUAGGUUUUUCUGUUUUUUAUUAAAUAAAUUAUGAAUAAAUAAAUGAAAAUAAAGACAGA